AGCGCGGGGGCUCGUUUGGCCUCUGUCGUGCAAUUCGACGCUCGGCCGCGCUAGUGCUGGGCGCGAACCUGCAUCCCGCGUGGCGAUGGGUGCCCUCCGAGAGGGGCGCCGCUCACGCGGCCUCGCGAGGCCGCCUCUGUCAACGCGCCUCCCCCUGGGAGCCUGGGGCCGCUGCGGGCGCUCAGCACGCUGGCGCGGGGCGCCGGGGCGCGUCGGGCGGGGGCCGACUCCCGCUCGGACAGCCGCCCGACCUCCUGCCGGAGCGUUUUCCGCGGGGACUGCAGCGACGGCGAUCGAGGUGAACUUGCCGACGCGCCACAGUUCCACGAACGCCUUCCCGGGGAGCGGGCAGCGAAGGCCGCGGGCCAAGCGCGAGCCCCGCCCGAUCUGCGAGGUCGGCGUCAGCCGCGAGGCUCGCGCGGCCGGGGGGCGCGCCGCUCGCCCGCCCCCAGUGGCUCGCCCCAGGGCGGUUCGGGCAGGCCGCGCGUUGCUGGAGCGCCGCUCGGUGUCAGCGCGGCAAGAGCCGGAGUGUCACGACCAGCGCCGGCGGUUCGUGGCCUGGGCUCGAGAGCAGGGACUGCGACAUUAACGCGUCGCGGACCUGGAGGUGGCGGCGGUGGGGAUGCUCAACCAGAUGUACUACGACGGUUGGAGGUCCAACACGGCGUCGAAGAUGGUGGUUGCGAUCGCGUAUCGCCGUCUUGUGGCUGGCCCUGGGUGUGUCAACCUGGCUCGGGCGCAGGUGGCCCGCCGGGGCUUUGCGAAGCUGGGCUCGCCGUGGGCGCGCCUGCCGCUGCCGUGGGCUGCUGCCUGCUUGGUUGCGGAGCGCCUCGUGGAGGUGGGGAGCUGGCGCGUGGGCGCCGCCGUCGUCUUCGCCUUCAUCCACUACAUGAGGUCGCGCGAGGCGCCGAGGAUCAGGGGGUGCGAUCUGGCGCCGCCAGCUGACGGCUGUCGCCGCUCAGCCUUGAGGUGGAGUUUGGUCCUUCGCCCACAGCGGCUGAUGAUCACCUCGAAGACAGGCGCUGGGGGCGAGAGCAUCGUCGUGGACAAUGCUCAAGUCUUCCCGUUCGUCGAGUCGUUGGUGAGGCGGCUCCGCGGGAGCGGCGGCAAGGCUCUGGUGUUCCCGUUUAGCUACCGCGAGUAGGCGGCGAGCUUCGAGAGCGCCGCCAAGGCCGUGGGCCUUCAGGGGGAGGCAGCGCCGGCGCUGCACAUGCUGAGGCACGGCGGGGCUUCGCACGACGCGCCCGUCGGAGCGCGAGACCUGCGCGGCAUCCAGGACGGCGGGCGCUGGCCCACCAAGAGGUCGGUGGUGAGGUGCGAGAAGGGCGGCAGGGCGAACCAAGCUUCUGCAGGAAGAGCGAAGAGCCCUGCAGGAAUCUUCUAUACCAAGCUUGCCGAGGCUUGCCCUCGGAAGCUGCGCCAGAGGUGUGUCGGAUGUUUCGAGCGUGCGUUCCGCGACCAGCAUCGCCGUAUGAUCCGAUCCUAUAUCCAGUAGUCUGGUGCUGAUCCACGGGGCUUCCUCUCGGGCCCUGGGGUCGUGCUCCUCGGGUCUGUUUGUUGUUGCUCGGCCGCAAAAGUCGGCCAAGGACUGAGUGUGUCGUCUGCUGGGUUGUGGAUCCGUGUGUGUGUGUGUGUGCCGCGUGGGUUUCAAACUCGCUUUUGGAUCUUCGGGGCGCUCCGAAUGUUGUACAGAACGCGAGCAACUUACACAAACAUGUCCGUGCCCCUCGGCAGCGAUGCAGCGAAGAAGAUCAACCGAUCUUCAGAUGAACAUCUUUGUAGCAGUCUGCGCAGGAGAGGGCCGUCCGUCACCUGAAGUUCCCUGUUCUGUUUUCCUCCCUCCCCACCUUAACCAGCAGGAUCCGUGUGUGUGUGUGCCGCGUGUGUAUCAAACUCGUUUGGGGAUCUUCGGGGCGCCCCGCAUGUGGUACAGAACGCGAGCAACUUACACAAAAAUAUCCGUGGCCCUCGGCAGCGAUGCAGUGAAGAAGAUC